CAGAAAACCCCUUCGUCUCUCCCUUCCAGACCCAUCCAGAUCCAUCCCCUCGCGACCUUUCUCCAGCAAGCCAUGGAAGUCCGAUCUGGCGCGAUGGCCGCUGCCGGCGCCGUCCGCCCCAAAUGCCUCCUCUCUACCACCGCAACCCACCACUCACGACCACCACGGCCUCCCCUCCUCCGCCCCUUUUUCCGUCUCCUCCAGUGCCAAUCUCCGCAAGUACGCUGCCAACGCCGUCCAUUCCCCGACGCCUCUCAUGCCUCCUCCUGUGCCGCAGCAUUCCACCACCUAGCAACGCCGUCCGUCCCUCGCUGUGUCUUUCUUUCCUCCGUUUGGUUUCUGCCGCCCAGCUCGCUCACCGUCGUCGAUACCGCAUUGAUCUCGCACCCGUUGCUGUCGCCGCUCGCUCAUCGUCGCCAGAACGUGGUACCUGCAUCUCUUGCGCGUGUGGAGAGGUCCCACACCCUGCCGGCACGCCCGCUCGCCGUUGCCUAUCCGGGACGGUCGCGCUCGCCUGGACUGCAUCGAGUCCUCCCGAGCGCCGCGCCGCGCCACGUCGAGAAACGAGUUGGCCGUCCGUCUCUUCCAUCCAAGUGCAUCGCCAACUCUUCGUUUAUUUUCUGGGACAUGCCUUAGUCUGAAAAUCGCACAAGAUGUCUUCUGUCUUCUUUCCAGCCAGGAGAUAGCCCAAACCAAGCUGCUGCAGGUAUGUAACAAUGUUCUUCUGACCAAGUUAUUUGCAACUGAUGCUCUAUUUCAUCAUCUGAACAAUUCAACAUAUGAGGAAGCUCUGCAGGUAGAUCUAGAAACGGUGCCACUGUCGUCCGAUACACAGAGCUCCAAUGAUACAACCACAAUAACUGCAUCUAGCACAUCAUAUGUUCAUCAUAGCCAUGUCACAGUUGUAAAAUGAGAGCAAUCGAUGGUUAUUGUAGUUGUAUCAUUAUGCAGCUGCAUUAGGAGCAGCUAGCACACCAUCUAAAACAUCAUCUGCUGCUACAGGUAUUAGCAGGAUCCUUUUUAUGCAGCAUUAUCUUUUGUGGA